UCGUUGCAACAUUGCCUAAAAUGAAAGCCUUUUCCGGGAAGGGAUGCGGAAGGGGCUAAAGCAAUGCCGGCGCCGGGGACUCCGGCUGUCCCGGAGCGUGCGCGCGGCCGGCUUCGUGGGACGCGCACGUCGGCCGUGCCGAUUGUUCUAGUAAAGAAGUGGCGGCGCGGCGAGGGCGCUGAGCGGUCGGACGCGGGCCCGGCUGGCUGUCAAACUCACCCCCACCCCCGCCGCGCCGGGCCGAGCCGAGAUGCAGGGCCUGAGUCUGACUCCGCACGUUUACUGGGCGCAGCGGCACAGCGAGCUGUUCCUCAGGGUGGACCUGAGUGAUGUGCAGAAACCUGACAUCAAGAUCACUGAAAACACCCUCUUCUUCAGAGCACAUGGCCAUGGGGCAAAAGGAGACAAUGUCUAUGAAUUCCGUUUGGCAUUCCUGGAAGCUGUGAAUUCUGAGCUGCUGUUCAAAGCCACAGAAAGGCAAGUAAAUAUAACAGUGAAGAAAAUGGAGACCAAAUGGUGGGACAGACUGACUAAACAAGAAAAGAAACCAAUAUUCUUGGCUCCAGAUUUUGACCGCUGGCUGGAUGAAUCUGAUGCUGAAAUGGAACUUAAGGCAAAGGAGGAAGCAGAAGAGAUUAAUAGAAUGAGUUUGGAGUCGAGGGUUCGGAAGAAUUCCUAUAUCACCAUGAGGACUGGUUACCUAUUUAUGUAUAACCUGGUGCAGUUUCUGGGCUUCUCUUGGAUUUUUGUCAAUAUGACAGUGAGACUCUUUGUCUUUGGCCAGGAUUCUUUAUUUGAUACAUUUCAUGCAGUAGGUGACAUGAUGAACUUUUGUCAGAUACUUGCAAUUUUGGAGGUUGUAAACCCACUGCUGGGAUUGGUGAAAACGGCAUUGGUGCCUGCAAUAAUCCAGGUAAUUGGGAGGAUCAUGAUUCUGUUUGUGGUGAUAGGAAGUCAAGCAGAAAUGCAGAAUAAAGCAGCAGUAUUUGCUGUCUUUUACCUCUGGAGCAUCAUCGAAAUGUUCAGGUACCCCUACUACAUGCUAUCAUGUAUAGGAACAGAAUGGAAAAUACUGACGUGGAUCCGAUACACCAUCUGGAUCCCUCUUUAUCCACUGGGAGUCAUUUCAGAAGCGGUUUGUGUGGUUCAGUCUAUUCCAUACUUCGAGGAAACUGGAAGAUUUACUGUCCAGCUGCCCAACCCACUCAACAUCUCAUUCAGCUUUUCCUAUUUUCUACAAGGUUACCUUAUUAUCAUGUUCUUGGGUUUGUUUGUUAAUUUCCGGCACCUGUACAAACAACGUUACAAGCGACUCCGACCAAAGAAGUGCAAGAUGCACUAGAAGGGUUGUCUCAAAGAACCACUUUGAUCAAUUCAAUUCAAUUCAGUGUACCUUACAUUUAUAUUAAAAAAGUGUCAUUUUGUAGAAAAUGAGGAAAGCCACGCCAAUGUGUCAGUAAAAUUUCAGUAACCAUUCAACCUUGCACUGGCAUUACGCCACCCUUGUGUGCAGCCACUCUCACCUCAUUGCUGUCUUGCUGCCAGUGUGAGGAGUAUUUUAUAACCAAACACAUUCCUUCAUACCUCAUGCCAGCCAUUAAAUUUUUCUUUUUAUAAAUACCUGUCUGUGGAAAUCCACAGCUUGAGUGAGGAAAAUUAUCAUUUACACUUAGGAAAAAAUGCAAUUUUCAAUAUAUUUGUUUCUGUAUUUUGCCUUGUGAAGUGACUGAUUGACUUAGAUGAGUGUGUAACUAAUGGUAUCUCAAUGAUUGGGUGGGCAUUAUUAGACAGAUGAAUCUUUGUCUUUUUGGAAUUGGAAAAAUUAAUUUUUAGUGUGUUUUAAUCUUCAUUAGGGUUAGUCUUCAACAGAGAAAUCCAGUACAGGUUGUACAUUGAGAUGAGUGCAUAGGUACAAAGUUACACUGCUGCUCAGUCACCCAAGAUUCAUUCUUAAGAAUAUUUCUGUCAUUAAGCUAAUUAGAAAGACAGCUCACAUUAAACAUCUGAUUGAAUAUAAUGAUGGUACCUUGAUGCAGGUUAUAUAACAACGCGAUGCAUGAGGCAAAUCUACAAGUGAUGCUGGGGUUGAUAGUCCGUUUCAAUAAAGUGCCCAAGGUUGGAAUACUGCCCAAAAGACAUCUGAUCAUUUACAAUAUGCACGCUGCUAAAUCUUCAGUUUGCAGCACUGUGCAGUUUUUAGAAAAAUAAGCAAUGAAAUUGCUCUAAAAAGCAUAACUAUGUGGCUUAGAUUAGCAUACUUUUUUGUUGGAUAGGUAUUUAUAGAUAAUUAAAAAAGGACUGUGCUUCAAAUAAACUGAACAUCAGUGAUAAUCAAUGGUUCAGUUUACUUUGUCUCAUAAAAUGUGGUUUAAAUCCCCUCUGUGACAUUCAGUUCCUGCAGCUUCUGAUGUGGGCCAACAGCCCCCACUUAGUUGCUGUUCUUCCACUGCGGAUCUCAUGUGUGAAAACUGUUGUGGAUUAUAUAAAAUCUCAAAAGGUUUUUAUGUGUUACAAUCAGGUCACUAUUCAACAAUACUGUUGAAAUCCCAACAGCUAUUCAAUCUCUAUUCAAUAUGAGAGAGUUUGGGAUUUCAAACAGUGUCUUGAGGACCACAGACAGUAAUUCAACCCCUUUCUCUGGGAAUAGAAAUCGAUUAUGUUCAUCUGUUUCCUUUUGGUUGUUGGUUUCUAAGGUGAAAUUUGUCUUCUCACAGACUAUUUCUUUAAGCAGUGCUGAGUGGCUGAGACUUGACGUGCUACUGUGUUAUAGACAGUGCAGAAACAGGUCCUUUGGCCCAUCAAGUCCAUGCUGACCAUUAAGCACCUAGUUACAUUAAUCCUGCUUUAUUCUCCUUACUUUUGCUGCUCUUUUGAUUGCCAUGUGUUGCUGUGGAAUUUGGCUGCGUUAAAUUAUGAUAAUGAUGUGAAGCAUCCCGGAAACAAAAUGUUCUCUCAGAGACACAGACACACACACACUUGAACCAAGUCUUAAACAGAGGUAAGUGUUAUUUCCACUCUGUCAGGCGGUCAGGCUAGAUACCUACCUGCUUCAAAUUUAAUGUAAAUUAUGUAUGUGCUUUGUUUCUAUCAUUGAAUCACAUAAAUUGAACUGCCGUGUACAACAUUAUUUGAACUGCACUGAAAUCUAUUUUAUACAUUAAAAAUAAUUUUAUUGACAUGUGGCAAAGAAGAGUUAAGUGAUGCUGCAAUGCCCUUGAACCCCAGGGUGAAUGACUCUGCAUCCCCUCCAGCUAGUUAUUUUUACUAAUUGAACAGCACCUAUACAUUUGUGAUUGGAGGAAACUGAACAAGGUAAGUGAAGAGAUUUAAAUAGGAAUACAUCUGAGGCAAACUCAUUAGUGGUCGAUUAAUUAACAAUAUACACUUUAAGGAUAGGAUCUAUAAAAAUAUGAUGUAUGAAAUAGCACUUGCAACAUAAAACUUUCUAUUCGGCACAACUGGUCUGUGGCAGUGUUUGUGCUUCUCACAAGCCUCCUCCCAAUCUAUCUCAUUCAUUUGUUUAAAUGAUUUGUAGAAAAUUCAUUAGUAUAACUAGCAUUUUUGUAUUACCUUUAACUUCCCAAGGCAGAAUAGCAUAAUCAGAGAGAAAUUACCAAGGGUGACUAAAAGAUUGCCUAAUAAAGAUUUUAAGAAACAUCUUUUUGGGCAAAAAUGGGAGGUUUGGGCAGGAAAUUUGGGUUUUGGGCCUCCUGCUCUAAGUAUGUCUACCAGUGGUGAGGCAGAGGAUGGGAGGUGCACCAGAGGUCAGACUGGAGAAACAUGGUUUUUGGAGGGGAGUAUGACUACUGUAGGUUAGAGAGGUGGACAUGGACGAGGCAUUGGAAGGAUUGGAAUAUGUGAUCAGUGUAGUUGACAGGGAGAUCUGAUUAAAUCAGCAGGCAUUGUGGCAAUGGGUGAGUUGCUGAGGAUAAGGCAGCAGAGUUUUAAGUGAGCUGAAAUAUUUGCAUGUAUUUUGCAUGAAUACAUGAAAGUGUAAAUAUUAUGAAAAUAACCUUGCGAGGAUGAUGUGCAAUUCCUAUUUUGCUGCAACAAUCUUAGUACCAGCCUUGUACUAUAACUGUUCCUGAAGGUAUGGGUCACAUAUUUUGUGUUCUUCCCUGUUGGCAGUGACAUGUUGUCAGAAAGCCUUAUAGAAUUUUAUAUAAAGAUUGUAAGUGAUUUAAUUUAAUCUGAAUCCAGGGUCUUUAAAUAUGAAUAAGGGAAACACAAAAGCAUGACAUGCAAGUUGGCUUUGGCAGGUUGGGAAACUGUAUUUAAAAUGUAUGACAGUAAAACAAGCAAAGGCUAAUUGUUAAAUAAUAAAUACAUUGUUUAAGUAAUAUAUAGUCUUAUAAGGAUAAAACACAGGAACAGUGAUCCAGCUAUGGCCAUCAGUAAGUGAGUGGGUGCACAGCUGGUUGUCGUGGUGCACACUGGUAUCAACAGUGUAAGUUUCAAUAAAAGGAGAAGAUCCUACAAGUUGGACAAUGGGAGUUAGGAAGUAAAUUAGAAGGUAGGACCUCAAAGAUAGUAUUUCAGGACUACUCCCAACAUCAAGUGCUAAUGAGAAUAGAAAUAGAAUGAUGC